AUGACGGAGGAAGGAUCUAAGGACGAAGAGAGGGCGUUAUUAGUGGCACAAAUCAACUCUCUGGAUGAGCAGCAGCAGAGAUAUCUUGAGUGUGACGUGGUUGACAAACACAAUGAGGACAUGACCUGUCUAUGCGACGCUCUGCGAGUGGACCAAAGUCAAAGCUGUUAUCGACUGAGACGCUUUAACCUUAUAAAAGAGAAGAAGGAGGACGAGCUGGAGGAGGAGCAGCAGACCCAGCAGCAGGCUGCAGGACAGCAGUCAAUGGCCAUGGAGCUGCAGCACAGCAAGCACAUGCAGAAGCUGAAGGACCAGAGGGACAGACUGCACUCAGUGAAAAGAGUGACGGGUGAGACAAUAGAAACGCAGUUCACUCCUGAGGAGCUGCUGGGGAUGAUGCUCAACUAUUCCCGGGGUCUGGCUCAGGACUUUGCAGAACAACCGGUGAAAGACGCAGUGAUCACGGUCCCGGCCUUCUUCAACCAGGCAGAGCGGCGGGCCGUGCUGCAGGCGGCGCAGAUGGCCGGCCUCAAGGUUCUGCAGCUCAUCAACGACAACACUGCCGUGGCCCUGAACUACGGAGUGUUCAGGAGGAAAGAUAUCGACAAUACAGUCAAGAACAUCAUGUUUUAUGAUAUGGGCUCAGGGAGCACCACGGCCACCAUCGUCACGUACCAGACCGUGAAGACCAAGGAGGCGGGCACCCAGCCCCAGCUGCAGAUCAGAGGGGUCGGGUUUGACCGCGGGUUGGGGGGCUUUGAGAUGGACCUGCGACUCCGGGACCACCUGGCUAAACUGUUCAACGAGCAGAAGAAGACAAAGAAGGACGUGAGGGAGAACCACCGGGCCAUGGCCAAGCUCCUCAAAGAGGCCCAGAGGCUGAAGACGGUGCUGAGUGCCAACGUGGACUUCAUGGCCCAGGUGGAAGGGUUAAUGGAUGACAUUGACUUCAAAUCUAAGGUGACCAGGACGGACUUUGAAGAUCUGUGUGCGGAUCUGUUCGACAGAGUGCCGGGCCCGGUGCAGGACGCCCUCAGCACCGCAGAGAUGAACCUGCGGCAUUUACCGACCGCUGCAGUGCUGCUCUUCCACGGGAGUUUAUUCUCCUGUUAGCUCCGGGUGACCCCUCGAUUCCAC